CACUCCCUUGAUGACAUCAAUAGUCUGCGCCGGGUUCUGUUGAAGCGUUCAGCUGAACUGUAAAACGUUUUGAAAAACCGGUUUCGUUCUAAUAAUUUAUUAACAACGCGUAUAAAAUGGCGUGUUUGGCAGAAGGAUGUGCUGAUAGUGAGUGCGGUGUUAGCGGCCCUACGCGAUUGGAAAGCUUUUGCUUUGGUUGUGAGCUGUCUUCCAAAGUCCCGUUUUACACUUUCCAGGUGGACGAGGAGGAGGGGGAAGAGGAGGAGAACGUAGAACACUUUCUGGAGCUCCGAACAGUGUGCCUGGGUGACGGGGUGAAGGAUGAAAACAAUGUGGUGGAAGUGACAGCUUUGAACCAUCAGGGGAAGAAAGUGUCUGUACCCGUCGCCAACCUGCAUCUCUCCUGCAUGCCUAUGGUCAGUUUGGGUGACUUUGAAUUGAGGGCCCCUGUCACAUUCCGGCUGAAGUCUGGCUCCGGACCAGUCUGCAUCAGCGGGCUGCAUCUGAUUGCCUACAGUGAUCCUGCUGAAUCAGACCUCUCGGAUGAAGAGCAUGAAGAUGAUUGUGAAGAGGAGAUCGUUCCUAUCAAGCCAGCGAAAAAGAAACUGGGGAAAGAAUAGUUGACGGACCUGGAGACUUUUCUUGUGGCUGUCAUGGUUACCAGAUUCCAGACCAAUGGGGAAGCUCCAUGCCAACAUGUUCUUUUCAUACAGUGCGUUGUGUAAGAAUCUCCCUGUAAAUGUAGGACAUGAUCAGUCUUUAAAUUUAAACUUUAUUAUUUGA